GGUCUGUGUGGUCUCAGCCGACUUUGACGCUCUGUACGAGGAGCUGCAGCAGCUGGGACAGGGAGGCUUCGGGAGUGUCUCUGCUGGCUGCCGGAAAGAGGACCGUCUGCCUGUAAGAGUGACGCCACAAAGCCACACUCUGUGGAAGCACACACGUGUCUGAUUCACGGCAUCCUCUGUUCAACACUAAAGCAGUGAGCUUGUGUCUUUGUUGCUUAGGUCGCUAUAAAGCACAUCCCCAUGGCCAAGGUCUCAAUGACACAGGAGACGGUUGAAGGGCGGCUGACGGACUUCCCGCUGGAGGUGUCUUUGAUGCUGAGGGCCGCUGAAGACCGCCCGGACCCGGGGGGCCCCGGCGCCGUGGUCCUCCUGCUGGACUGGUUCCAGCUGGACCAGGAGCUGAUCCUGGUCCAGGAGAGACCCAGCGCCUGCGUGGAUCUCCUCUCCUACAUGGAGAGCAAGGGGGGCAGGCUGCAGGAGCAGGACGCUAAGGUGUGUGGGGCUCAGCCUGGACGGGGGUUCAGUUCAGCCUUCAUGGGGCUCCAGGCAGGGGGCCGGGACCACCCAGCAUGAUGGACACAUCCAGAUAGUAGUGUGUUCAGGUGUGUUCACUGUUCAGGAGGAUGACUUGUGGGUGUGUGUGUGUGUGUGUGUGUGUGUGUGUGUGUGUGUGUGUGUGUGUGUGUGUGUGUGUGUGUGUGUGUGUGUGUGUGUGUGUGUGUGUGUCUGCCUGUGUGUGUAUUGGUGAGCGAGUUCGACUCCAAGCUGAAAGGUUCUGGGUUUGAUCCCCAAUGUCUGCAGUCUAACCUGAUUUAUCCUAUAGAGCAAGACGCCCCCUAACCCCUCCCUGUUCCAGUACCACAUAUAUCCUUAAACACUGUCUAACCCCUCCCUGAUCCAUUACCACAUAUAUCCUUAAACACUGUCUAACC